UACGCAUGCGUAGAGCAUCAUGGUGGCGUUUGCCACUGGCCGACUGGUAUCUGUGAAAUGAUUAACUUAGUAAAGUUUUAAUGACAGAGAUGGGUCGUUAAGAGGGGAAAUUUAAAAAGUGCGAUACUCCGUAUAGAGAGUGUAGAAUAUAGGAACGGAAGGAAGAUCAUGACAGCUAACGAGGAUCAAGAGAUGGAGCUGGAAGCUCUUCGCUCCAUCUAUGAGGGAGAUGAAUGUUUCAAGGAAAUCAGUCCAGUUUCCUUCCAAUUUAGGAUAGGAGACCUUGAGGACACCAAAGCGUUCAUCCUGGACAUCACAUGGCCAGAGUCAUACCCUGAUACAGCACCACAGAUCUCCCUCGGUGCCUUUUUCAACAACAGGAUCUCUGCAGAGACGAAACAGCUGAUCCUAUCAAAGCUAGAGGAGCAGGUGGAAAUUAACCUGGGCACUGCGAUGAUGUACACUUUGUUUGAGUGGGCAAAGGAGAACCAGGAGACUCUCAUGGAAAACCACAAGCCUUUAGUGACUGCUGUGACUUUGACAACGAGCAGUGAAGUGAUGACUCCUACAUCAACGGCAAAGAAGAAGGAGAAGAAGGAGCAGCUGACUAAAGCCCAGAAGAGGAGGAUCAUUAACAGAACAGAUAACAAGGGAGAACUACCAAGAGGAUGGAACUGGGUUGAUGUAAUCAAGCAUGUAAGUGAUAAACAGCUAGACCAAAAUAAACUUCUCACAAAUUCGUAACACACCUCCACAUGUGACUGUUUUCUAAUGUGACUUGGUUGCAGCUGAGUAAAACGGGAGGAAAAGAUGACGACUAGGCCUGAGAGCAGCAAUGUGCUUCAUCCAAAAACUGUAGAGAAGUCUGAUCUCCCUGCAGCCCGUCGAUGCUGCUGCUCCUGUCUAGAUGCCUUCACAUUCAACGUCAGCUUCAUGUUACACUCAACAUGGCUGCUUCCACCCUGAGAACCAAAGCAGACUGUGUAAAGGUGAACACACACACACUCCCAGCAAAACAUAGAUUUUGAGCUGGGAAUUAUUAGGAGCCCUUGCUGUGUUUUAUUGUUUGUGUUGUUUGUGCACUGCAGCCAGCUGAAGGGGAGCACAUGAUCAGGUUUUUGUUGAUUUAGUUAGCCCUUAUAUCCUGCUCCAUCAUCCAACAGGGUGGAGUGUGUUAGAGACAGACUUACCUGCUGCCACUGCCAUGUUUUCAGUCUGUGAGGUUAAGCCCAGCCGCCAGGCACUGAAGCAGUGUUAAAUUGUGCUUCAAAAUGGAAGUGUUGACGUGUCAAGUAGCAUCCUGCUGUUACUUUAAGAUACCGUGUGACUUUGUGAAAGCAGAGAAAUUUUAAACAACGUGCAAAAUGUUACUCCUUCCGUCAUUUUCCUAUUUUGAUAAAUGUUCCUUUUCCCCUAUGAAUUAAAACUUUUUAUACAUAAAUAAAAUCGAACUUGGUCCAGU